UCAGAGCAGUUCAUUCAGUAUUACGGGUACUUCAAAAAACGAAGUUUACAGAGAAAGAGCAGAGAGAAAAAAUGGAGGGAGGAGACGAAGGAGUGGAGAGAAUGGUGGACUCAAAAGAUAUGCAGCAGCAAAGCAAAGCUUUCGACAAGCUCACUGACCGUGUCGAAGAUCGUCAGCUUGAUUCUUCCCGUGUUCAAACGGCCAUGGCGUCAAUUUAUGCUAGUGCUGAAGCUGAUGCCAAUGCUAUGAGACUGAGGGAAAAAGAAUUGGCUGCUGUAAAGAUCAAUGCGGAAGAUAUCGAUACAAUUGCAAAUGAACUUGAGUUGGACAGGAAGGUUGCUGAGAGAACCUUGCGAGAGCACAAGGGUGAUGCUGUUGCAGCCGUACGAUCCCUGCUUGGCCUGCUUCACUAGAAGUUUCCCUGCUUGGCCUGCUUCAUAGAUUCAAUCUGUUAAUCUAGUUUUUCGGAAUUUUCAUGAAUAUUUUGUUUCUUGUAACUUGAUCAUGUGUGAAAGUUGGUAGUUGUUUCCAUACUUUGCUUUACUACACAGUAAACUGGCAUAACAAACCCAAAACCAGUAUAAUGUACGGAGUAUGAAGAACUUCCAGAUAAUUUUUUCUGCUAAUUGAGACAGAUUAACAUGAAUAUUUGCUUAUUG